AUGAACAGCAAUACUGGUGCGCAGACUGAGAAGGUUGAUGAAUCAAGAAAACCCCCUUCCAUUCGCUUCAUUCGACAUGUCGAUCCCCGCGCUCCCCGUCCCUCGCUGCAAUUCGACCCUAUUGCACGCACACUCCCUCAUGACGCUGCCAUUAUCCAUGUUGGCCGAUUCUCUGAACGGGACAAUCUUCCCGACGUUCCCAUGAACGUCCCAUCAUCUGCGCCGGUUGGCUUCAAGUCGAAAGUGGUCAGUCGACGACACUGCGAAUUCUGGUUUCAAGACAAUCGCUGGUAUAUCAAGGAUGUCAAAAGCUCAUCAGGGACUUUUCUGAACCACAUUCGCCUGAGCCAACCUGGCCUCGAAUCAAAGCCAUUUGAGGUCAAGGACGGUGACGUAGUGCAGCUGGGCAUAGACUUCCGUGGUGGAGAAGAGAUGAUUUUCAGAUGUGUAAAAAUCCGGAUAGAGUGUAAUCGAGGAUGGCAACAGGGGCUAAACAACUUCAAUAAACAAACCCACAAGCGCUUACGAAAUCUCGCCAAGACCAAUCAGGCCAAGACGCAGAGCGACGCAGCAUCUACUCAUUCAUCAGAGUGCGCCAUAUGCCUGAUGUCGAUUGCGCCUUGCCAAUCUCUCUUCGUCGCACCAUGCUCCCAUGUGUGGCAUUACAAAUGCAUCCGACCCAUUCUCCAGGCACCAACUGCUCCGACGUUUCUAUGUCCAAAUUGUCGUGCUGUCACCGAUCUUGAAGCUGACGUCGAUGAGCCAAACGGGUUCAGCGAAUCAGACGACAGCGAAGUAGAAGCAGCCGCACUAAACAUGCACAGCGAGACCAUCAAUGCGGUGCCGGAUACUUCAGUUGCAGACAACUUGCCUCGUGUCGACACUCGCAGUUCCCCCAGCAGUGCUCCAGGUGCCACUACAAGUCACGCUAUGACCGCAUCAGAUACACAAGCACACGAUAAUGAUGUAUCAGAUGGGGAUGGUCUAUUAGAUGUGAUGGUUGGCCUAUCUUUCAGUGAUGCUCAUCACGUGUCCGAUGACACGGAUUCUCCCGUUGAGAUCCCACCUACGGUAGCCACCAGCACCAGCGAACCCGUCACUAUCAGCGUCAAUGCAUUCAGAAACCGCACACGUAACCUAUCACCAGACGGUGGUCUCCCCGACUCAGACUUCCCUAUGACUCCAAGGAACGACAUCGGACCUUUCGUGUUGGAUGGCAGCGCUGGACGUUCGACCAGCGAUUCUAGAAGGCAGAAUGACUCUGGAGACGAUCUUGCCAUGUCUGGAUAG